CAACAAAAAUCUGAAACCGAAAAACAAAUCGAUGUCAUUUCAAUCCAUAUUUAAGGACAAUAACCUAGAAAUAAUGUAGACUGUCCUUCAUUAAUUAAAAAUGAAGUAACAUUGACUGCAAUGACCACUGUAAAUAAUGUACAAGGUGCACACAUUUCACCUUGGAGACGAUGCGGGUUGUGUUUGGUAGAUUUUAAAUCUUCCAAAGACUUUUGUCGACAUUUGCGUCAAAACCAUUGUACAAAAGAAGGAGGAUCUUAUGUUUGUAGAUAUGGAGCAAAUAAUAUAUGUCCAUCACUACCUUUAGAGGGUGUCAGUGAUAUGGACUACGAAAAUCACAUAACAAGAGACCAUGCAGGAAAGCAAUUGCAUUCACAUGGUAGAAAUAAAAGUUUUGAACAUAACGAAGCUUCACCACCUCCUUCAGCAACAGACAAUGCUCCAUCAGUUGUACAGGAUCAGUUGAGAUGGACAGUGUACAAUGCUACAGUUAACCUACCAGCAGCAUUAAAUGACCCCAAUAGAACAAAGAGAGAGACUGACUUCUUCACUAAAACCUGGGGUCAACAUUUUUAUGAGCAUUCACAUAUUCCACAAUCAUCUCAUAUUCCAGAUAUCAAUAGAAAAUAUUUUGAGAAAUAUAAAAAUAGGAUUUCAAAAAGAUACAAGAAGUACAUCAGAAGUACAAGUAAUUCUGAUUCAGUUAGUGGAGAGACAUACCUCCAUCAGUUAGAAAAGAGUAGAUCAGAAUUGCAAGAAAUUCCUAAGCUUUACCUGUUACAAAAUUUUGAUUUGGAACACACAGAUACAUUUAAUUCUGUAUUUCCAUGGUCUAUGAUUGAAGAUUCUAAAAAGUCUUCACCUGGUCACCAGUCUUCAAAGUUAUUACAAGAAAAGCUAAGUCAUUAUUUAGAUAUAAUAGAAGUUCAUAUAGCCAGACAGAUAUCUACAAAGUCUGAUGCCUUCUUUCAAGCUAUGUCAUCUCAUGAUAAACUACAAGAAGAUAUGAUGAAAACUUGUCAGUCUAUCAAACAACUCAGGCAUAAAGUACAGCAGAUAGAUGAAGUGUUAGCCAGAGGAUCACUAAAAGUAAUUAAAUUACAGCAGGCAAGAAAAAACUAUGUAGAGUUGUAUAGUAAGUUGAAGAUGAUGGCUACGGUACACCAAACCCAGCCUACAAUCCAGUUGCUGUUAUCAACAAAUGAGUUUGUAGGAGCCUUAGAUUUAAUAUCCACAACACAAGAAGUGUUAUCACAGGAACUUCCUGGGGUUCAUAGUUUCAGACAUUUGGGAUCACAGUUAGCAGAAAUGGAAAAUCUUAUAGAGAAAAUGUUACAAGAAGACUUUGCUAAAUGUAUAGCAUCAGAUUUAAAUAGACCAGUCUCAGAUACCAUUCCAUUGUUAGAAGAGGAAAAGCUAGUGUCAUUAGUAUUUGGUAUGAUUAGGAAAGACAAGUUUAAUUUUGUGGACAUGUAUAGAGAAGAAGCCUUUACAGCUAUUAGAGCUUGUGUCAAACAGACUGUGGUAGAAGCUGUGUCAGAGGCAGAUAAUGUAGAAACUUCAGACGACAAUGUUACUAGUCUUGGAGACCAAAUGAGAAUGUUGGAUUAUAACCAGUGGAUGGAGUUACUCUGUAAAAUAUUCUCCAAUCUCCUUAUUCUCUUAAAGAGAGGUCAGACAUUCCAAGGUGUAAUAGGCGAUGUGAUAGGGAUCACGGCAGGUAGAACUAAGGCCCCUAGUCCUGUCUCAACACCCACAGAAGAUAAAGAAUGUACCCUAGAAGAACCAUCACAUCUCCAUGUUUCUGUGAGUGAAGAUGCAGCAGACAUGUUGAUAUCAGAUGAUGAUUAUUCCAGAGUACAAAGCAGUCUGUGUGAUAUGAUGUAUGCUAUCUGUGAUCAUGCACAUGACCGAUGUGUCAAGGUCAUAGUGGCAAGGUCAAAGGAUGGCUUUUUAGAGAGAUUAUCUUCUACCGAAUUUGUUCAAUUAUCCAGAACUGUAGAAAAUUUUGUAACUGAUUGUGAAUUUACAUGUGGUAGGAGGAGUACAUCAUUACGACUAAGUUUACAGUCACAGGCAACAAAGUUUGUAAACAGAUUUCAUGAAGAAAGAAGACAAAAAUUAAGUUUGAUAUUAGACAAUGAAAGAUGGAAGCAAGCAGAUGUUCCUGCAGAGUUCCAAGAACUAGUGGACCACAUUACAAAAUCAGGAACAAUCUGCAUUCCUGAGAGAACACAAGAUAAAGACAAAAAACCAUCUGAAUCACUGAAAGUAGAAGAACAAAACUUUACUGUUGUUGGCACUGUGUUACUAUUGUUAAAGAUGAUGGUAGAAUAUUGUCAAUGUGUAGACGACAUUCCAUCAGCUGCUCCAGAUUUACUCACAAGACUUGUUGAUUUAUUAAAAAUUUUUAACUCAAGAACUUGUCAGUUAGUAUUAGGUGCUGGUGCAUUACAGUUGGUAGGAUUAAAGACAAUCUCCACAAGAAAUUUAGCCUUGGCUUCAAGAUGUUUGCAGCUCAUAGUAUAUUUUAUGCCAAAAGUCAGACAACAUUUUGAAGACAGGCUUAUUUCUAAGAAUAAAACCAUGUUAAAACAUUUAGACCAAGCAAAUAAGGAUUAUAAUGACCAUAUCAAUGAGAUUACAAAUAAACUAGUCAGUGUGAUGGAGAGUGUCAUACAAGCCCAGCUAGUCAGGUGGGAGGUGAAAGCACCAAUGCCUUCACAGUGUUUUAGAGCAAUAUGUAAACAGAUUAGUAAAAUGCAUGAAGCUGUGAUAGAUAUUUUACCAUUAAAUCAAAUCCAGGAUUUGUUCUCUAGAAUAAAUUCAUCUUUUAAAGAUUUAUUACGUCAACAACUAUUAAAGUUAGAAGUUACCAACAAUGGAGGUCCACAAUAUGGGUUAGUGACUUCAGAUGUAGCAUUUUAUUCAGGAACUUAUAAAACCUUACGAGGAUUGGAACAUUUAUGUAAUAAUAUGUCAGAUUUGUGGAAUGGAUUAUAAUGAAGCAUCUAUUGAGGGCAUUUAAUUUAAUUCUUAUUUAUUUCUUCAAUUUUUAUCAAGUUACAAUUAUACAAUCUUCUUCACUCUUCUGUGUCAUGUUAAAUAGUAAGUGACCUUAUACAAAACUAAACUGGAAGAAGAAAAAGAAACUAAGGUUGGAGCUUCAUUAGGUAAAGUUGACCAGAAACAGUAUUGGCUAUUUAUAGUUUUACAUUCUAUUUGUGUACGUACUCAUAUUUUUAUGUUCAUUUUGUUUUCAACCUUCCUUACUACUGUUAAAACUAGAAAUUUGCCUUCAACACUACAAACUUGUAACUCAUAAAACAGCAGUUUUAUUAUAGGCCAGUUUUCUAUAUAUAUAUGUGAUUGAAGAACAGUUAAUGGCAUUUUGUCAAUUGAAAUAAUAACAUUUUAUUGUAUCGACUGAAUAUGUGGUUUUCUCCACAAUUACAAAAGAUUUGUCAGUGUUUUUUUUAAGAUUUCCUACUAAAAUUUUGUAGACUUGCAACAAUGAAGAGAUUAACAUAUUGUAUACACUCUUGUCUAUUUUUAAAGACAGUAAGUAUGUUGACCUCUAUAAGUCUUUUGGAUUUUUUUGUGACAUUGGGUUGUUGUCUCAAUGUAUAUAAAUUGACAAGAUCUCUAAAAAACCAGGAUGUAAGCAUAUAUAAAUUCAUCCAUUUUGAAAAGGGGGAGGGUUCCAACACACGGAACACCCCUGGAUCUGCCAAUAAAUUCUUAGUGAACAGGAUUUAAGGAAAGUAAAAUAGCAUUGAUAAAACUGAUGAUAUUUGUAUUACAAACACAUUUAAUGAUUCUAACAGUUAUUUCUCUUUAACUAAAGUGUACUUUCUUGAGUAGACUUAUGUUUUUCUCAGCAAACUACAAUUAGCAUGUUUCUAAAGGCAUCAUAUGUAUUGAUCCGACUUUUCCUAUUGUAUAAGUGUCCAAAAAAUAAGACACCUUUGUUUAAAAAGAUGUUGACAACCCUUGUUCUCUACCUCAGCAUUAGAAAACAGUCAGACUAAAAUUUUAAUGUAUUAGUACUAGGAUUAAGAAACAAAAUUUAAAUGUAACUAUUCAACUGCAAGGACCUGAAUAAAAAGAUUGCUAAUAGUGAGCAGACUAUUUAGCAGUGCAAUUUAAAUAGUUUGUUGACACAUAAUGAUUCAAGCAAGUUUGCACUGGCCUUCUAUUGCAUAAUGCAUAAAAGAAUGUAAAAGAGGUUGUGAAAUGUUCCUUUUUAUAUUUAGCUUGCAAUCUCAAUUAACAUCCUGUUUCUUCAGAUUUAUCACAGCUGUUAUUCUUGAUAUAUUCUCCAUGAUUGUAACUCUGUUGCUAUCUCCAAAUGCUCAAACAUCAAAACAAUUUUUUACUCUCAAAUUUCCAUCUUGGUUGACAAAUUUCUUUAGAUAUAAUAACUAAAUACGGCUUGUUUAUUAUUUACCAUUGUCACUGUUUUUGUACAACUUACAUCCAAUGCCUUUUGUAGGGGAGCGCCAACCUCUCUACAUGUAAAAAUAGCCUUACAACAACUAAUUAUCUGAAGGGUCCUAGGUUGCCUGUUGCAAGGUAAAACUUCUGCCCCUAUCCAACAUACUCUCAUUUUGUAAUGGCAGUCAAGAUGUCAGCCCUUCAUCCUGGUUUACCUACUUUGCAGAACCUAUGGUAUACUUGGUCAUUUGUUGUCUUACUUAAUAUGCAUGCAAUAUUUGCCACUGAAUCUUAAGCAAACAACAAUCAAUCAAAGCAACUUACAUUUUGUUCAAAUAAUCAAUUUAUUUUCCUCCAAUUUUGAAAGACAAGUAACUAUUUUCUGGCAAUUCUUUAAGAUUAAUAAGUUCGAGCUAUGAUUAUCAUGCUUUUUAUAUUUUUUUCUUGGUAAAUUAAAAAAGUUUCUAAUAAAUAAUACAUAAUACUAGAAAUGCAUUAUACUAAUGAAGUCAAAUUUGUACUACAUUAUAAAAUAAAAGCUUUUGUUAUGAUUAAUUGUGACUAAGUCAUUAUUUACAGUAUUACAUUUAUAUUUAAGCUGUUUUUUUCUUCCUUGCUUAUUUUGAUAUUCUUCAGUAAAGUAUGUACAUUUUGCAACACAGAUUUUUAUGGUCUGAUCAGAAAAAUCUGUUGCAUGCCUUUUGUGUAUUUCUCUGCAUAUCAAGGUGUAGGUUUUCUAUUGAGCAAUAUGUUUGCUUAAACUAAGGCAAAUUUUAAAUUUCUGUUCUUUAUGUAAAUGCAACAUUUCCUUCAUUUUUAAAUUCAUUUCAAUUUUUUAGCAUUGCAUUUUCUAGGCUAAAUUACGUUUGAAAAUAUUCGAACCCAAAAGUCAGAUAGCCAAAAAUACAUUAACAUACAAGGGAAAGGAGGAUACGAAACAAAAAGUAAACAUGGGUCACAAUCACAUUAAUAUUUACUCCAUUAUUUUAGUUGAUUGGAACACAAGGUUACUAUCUGUUUUUAAUUGUGUAGAUCACCCAUUUUAUAUGGUAGUUGGCAUAUAAUGAAAUUUUUGUAUGAAAAAUUAAAUCCCAACAAAAUGUAGUAUUGGUUGGAAUUGAAAAAUUGGUGAUCAGACAUGCUGACACAAAACUGCAACUUUAAGAAUAUAUGAAUGAUUUCAUUUGUGAAUUUGCUUAUUUUCUAAUUUAUAUAAAGAAACCAAAACUGAAGAAACUAGAAAAUGAAUGGAGAGAGAAACAAAAUCAUGACAGAUUUUUGUAGAACUGAGCCAAGCAUGUGAAAAAGAGGUAUUUUUGAUUGCUACUUUCCUACCACAAGUACUAAUUUUUGAACAUGCUAAAACCAAAUGCUCCUUAACUUUACACCAAAACAUGUAGAUAUUUGUAAUGUAUGAAAGAGUACAGUAUAAAAGAAGUCUUUCGAUUUCAUCUAUAUAUUUAUUUUGUUGGUGUUUGUCUCUCCUAUGAAUUGUGUUAUUUUAUUUAUUCACUUGUUUGUACUACAAGUUGUGACAAACUUUACAAGGAUUAUAUUUUGUGAUAUGAAAUUUGCUAUUUAAAUAUUAAUAUGAAAUUGUUAUUGAUUAUGAAACAAGUAAAAAAUUUCAAAAUAUACAA